UACUGCAACUUCAGCAGCUGUUUGGCUAUUGCUAGGCAACGUGGGUCCAAAUCACACAGGGAUUUCCGCUACAAAACGCUUUACGUUUCAGCCAAUGACAAUAUGGCCGAAAAGGAGAAACCGUCUGUUGUUGCCCAAGACGCGAUUCACAUCGAAAGGAUCAAGAAAGAGGAGAAACUUCUGAAGCAGCACACCAAGUUCCACAUCAACCCUUUCAGGAAAUUGCACAUCCUGCCAGACAAACCCAUGUCCAGGAGACCUCCAGAAGAAGUCUCAGAAAACUCGGAUUUUAUUAAAGAAUUGCACAGAGCCUACUUGGUGCCCAAGAAGAAAUACUCAACUCCACAAACAGAGAGCCAAGAAAUAGGAUGGGAGUCCAGCCCUCUGAUCCCACUGAUCCACCAAGAUAAAAGAUUUCAUUUCCACCGCGUCAGCACCGAUGUCACCAAACAUGCAGAACAUGCCAGAAAAACGGCUAAAUAAACCACAAACACACAGAGGGGCUCAAAUGUGUUUGUCCGCUCUGCCUCUUGCUGAGAAAUCCCUCAGCGGUUUCAUCCGGGUGCUAAUGAGGGGGAAAGGGGCAAAAAUGACAACUCGUGAUGUCACACAGGAGCCGAUCAAGAUGGGAACAGUAUUUGGAGAAUGUAGCAUCACAGCUGAGGUUUAUUCAGAUACCGAUGAGCUUUGAGUAUUGAAAAUGCUGAGACACCGUCACUGAUGAUUAAAACAGUUCUAAAAUAUCUCUAAGCAGUUCAC